AUCAGUGAUCUUCGUGCCGAACUACGUACUGAGCGUGAGGAACGCCGCCAACUCCAAGCACUUGUUACCAAAAUGCUUUUGGAACAAAGUGUUGCUACGCGUACCGUCAUUGCCCCCAAACCCGCUGCUACUGGUGCCAUGGCAUCCAAAUACGCCCCCGCCCAAGCUCCGAAGGCUGAAUCUUACUCAGACAUCACGAAAAAACACGUUCCUAAAAAAACGAGCAAUCACAAAUCCCAACCUGCCCCCAAAACCAAAAAAAUCAGUGAGAAGAUAGUGGUCCGUACUCUCCAAGAGUCGACCGGCCCCUCUCAAUACAAAUUCAUCUAUGUUCCGUGCCGUCAUCGUUUGCGUCAAUCUGAUGUGCGCAAAAUGCUCUCCACGCUCAAAAUCCAGCAAAACAGAAUACUGGAUAUCCAUUUUCCCAGCCGUGGUGUUGUUGGCCUUUUGGUCCACGACUCCUUUGAAGCUGACCUUCGUGCCCAGUUCACCAAAAACGGUGUUGCAAUCAAGGAUUUCGACCCUCUUGCUCCAGCUGUAAUUGCCGAUCCCAAACAUGCUGAAAAAACAGAUGACGAACGUCGCGCCCUGGCGAAGCAACUCUCAGAUGAACGCAUUCUCCGAGCUUGCACUCGCCUUCCUCCUAUGCUCGGCAAUAGCAUUGCCGCCUUUUUC